CGUCGGCAGUAGAUCCGAAUUUUGUGUUGUCUAUUCGGAAGAAGGUGGAUGUUUAAUUUAAUUGUAAAGUGAAAAUUUUUAACUUCAAUUCAUUUCCGGUUGUGCUUUUGAAUUGAAAUCUUGACAGAAUUAUUCAUUAGACAUUAGGAAAUUAUUCCUGGUGUAAAAAAGACGGGUUAAAAAGUGGACAUGAUGUGUAUCUUGUGUGACGAAGAAAGGUAAAAAAAUGUGAUGUUUUGUUUUUAAGUGAAAUAUCUUUAUUUAAUUAGUGUUUAGUAAAUUGGGAAUUAAUGUAAAUGGUAAAAUUAGUCGCUAAUUGAAGAGGGAGAGAGUUAACUUUAAUUUAACAUCAAUCGGCGGACGAUUGUAAUUUAAAAUGCAGAUUAUCAUGAGACCUGAUAAGUAUGAAAAUUCCUGAAACCUGCUCUCUGCUACCGCCACUACCACUAAAAACGGAAAGGAUGAGGCUGGCAACUGUUUAAAAUUAAGACGAAAAUGACCGACAAUAAACCUCUAAUCACUUAUUCUGGUGAAAUUCCCGUUUUCCAAGGAGUCGUUCCCUCCCUGCAAAAGGGGAUCGGGGUGGAAGCCGUCGAGUGGAAGAGGGCAUAUGGCAGGACGACGAAACAUGUUCACCUCCAUCCUAGAUUUGUCCCGUUUGACCCUCCUCCUUCCACUGGGGAGGGUGGGAGUAUUACUUCCGGUGGAGAAAGCCCGGUCCUUACGUCACUAUUGGAUCAACCCAUGCUCCAUACUUUUUGGACGGAUUGUUCUGACGUCGAGGUGUAUCGGGCCACGACGAAGGACGUAAUUCAAAGCUGGCUCAACUCUGUGAAAUCCUGUCCCGUUAAAGAAUGGCUCAUUAUCCUCGUCGAACCCUCGGACAAUAAAAAGACAAACAAGUUACUCCCCCGCUCUUCUGUGUUGGACAAGAUCAAGAAUGAUUUUGCCCAAAAACAGACCGAACGCUGUGUCUGUGUCGCCGAUCCGGCAAAAAUUGAUUCCAAAUCGGCUGAAAGUUUAAACUCGAUGCUGCACCGGAUUCGUCAAUUACUUUUGGCCUCGUAUUCAAAAACUUUGAUCAAAUUUGAAGAGAAUAUGCGAGCCCAGAGGGAAAAGAGAAAUGAGGCUGGGUGGAAUUUUUGUCAUUACUUUUUACUCCAGGAGGAACUCGCCUUUGUGCUGGAAAUGUUGCAAGUUUAUGACGAAUCUUUAGUACAAUAUGACGAAUUGGACGCUUUAUUUACGCAAUUUGUGCUAAAUUCGCACUUUACGGACACUCCAAAAUGGCUGCUAUCCUUUCAACGCUUCGGUGACCGUUGGCCCGCGCUAAUCCUGUCCUCAAAUUCGGGCGGAAACAAAAUUAUUCCUCAAAUUCGGGAAACGAUACGAAACUCGAGCGUUUCCCUAUUGAAUUUUCGCAACUAUUUAUUCGCCAGACAAGCCAUUCUUCUUGUGAAGCAGAGGAGACUCAACGAGUUGGCGCAAAGGUCCUUAGCCUUCCUCCACAUUUGUAUUAAUGAGCUCAACAUUUUGGACGUGACGUUCAGCGAGGAAGGGUCAAUUUCGUGUUGGGUUUUUGUCUCGUGUUUAGAAAUACUGGGGACUAUUUCAAACCAAAAUUUAGCCAUAUUGUCAGCUACAAAUGCAAAUUCUUCUAUGACGAAUAAUAAACUGGAGGAAGAUUCGGAAGUGAAUUCGAGCCAGGUGGAGAUUAACGAUGGAACUAAACGGAAAGGAAAGACCCCACAACAUCAUGCAAAUCAGCUAGAUUUUUCCGUCCAUACUGCCUCCCUGUGGGACUACGCGAGAGAGAAGCUUUACGAACUGGGCAAAUUGUGCGGCCUGCUGCCAAAAAGUCAGUUGAAAAGUGAUCAUCUCCACAAAGUGAUAAGUCUGUCGUCUGGACUGAGCCCGUUUGAGGAUUUUUCCAACUCUAAUGGAAACGGAAAUGGGUCAGGAGAGAUUAAUAAUUCUAAUUGUAAUAACCAUUCCGGUGACGAGAUGCAACUUCCCCUCCCGGAAUUACCCCCAGGAGAAGAAACUCCGAUUGAAAAAUUGAAAAAUGCGUUAUCGUCAAAGGAGAAGUUUCAACAUCAUUAUCUGGAGCUCUGCGAGCUGGCCAUGGGGACGUAUAAACAUAUCGGACGUCUUCGUUCUGCCCGAAAAGUAGGCCUCAGCCUCGCCUCUUACUACAUGGAGUUGGGUGACUACGGAAAAUCCAUCGUCUUUCUGACGGAGGCGUUCAACACGUUCAAAGAGGACAGGUGGACAAUAUUGACGAUUGAUGUGCUGCUAAAACUUGCUCAGUGUUACGAAGCUGUGAACGAUACGGACAGAUAUAUUCGAACCUGUGCACAAAUCGCAUGCUCGAAAGCGAUCAGCGAGCCGGAAAGGGGUCACUUUUUCGACGAGAUGAUGACCUGUUUGACAAAGUUGGAGAAUAAUGAUCGAUUCAUCAUGUCACCCACGGAAGAGACGUUUCUCAUCACCUCGGUAAAAGUGGAAUCUUCUGGAAAAAUUCAUGGCCCGAGUUGCGAUGUGGUCGUAGAUUUGAGCCUCGUUUCAAACCUACCUCGCCCAAUUGUGAGUAAUUUGGUGCAAAUGGCGAUCGUUGUGUGUGACCAUGUCCCAAAACAGGUCAAUUACUUCACGACAGGCACUUUUGUGCAAGGGGAGAAUAUUUCCAAGGGUGGAAAAUCUGGAGGUGGGAAGCAACAGAGAAGAAAAGAUUCCUUACCCGAGCCGGAUGUGGUUGAAAACUUGUCCGGAAAACAAGCUCUUGCCCGCAAAGAGAGCACGACGCCUGCAUACACCUGCGAAGACGAGGACGUCGCGCUCGCCCUUAUGGAAAUGAACCCUGCCGUGAACAUGGUCGAUUUACGACAGCAAUUUGAAUCUGGAGGGAGUGGAACUAAUAAAGUGACGAUGGUGGGUGUGGGAACAGACGUGAAAAACAAUGAAAAGUAUAUUUCUGGGAAGUUGACGUGCCAUAAUCUUCAUCAAUCGUUAAGGAGGAAAGACAGCAGCCAAGUACAAGGAGAGACGCAAGUGUUCAAGACUGAUUUUAGCCAAGUGGCCAACACGAGAGAUAUCACAAUACAUCCCGGUGCUAAUAAUAUCACGUUGUCGGCAAAGGUUUCCAUUCCGGGGAACUACCGUCUCGCCCAGGUAUCCAUUGGAGUCAAGCAUUUUGAGCUUCUCUCUCCCCGACUGGGCUGCCGGUAUAAAUUUUCUGCAACUCGAGAACCACCCAACAUUUCGGUGCAGGCUGGAAAUUUGGUGGCGGGCAUUGACCAAGAAGUCGUGAUCAGGGUGGACACGGGGAGUCGGGUUAUCGAUGAGGGAAUGGUGCUACUCGUAAGGUCGUCGUUAGGCCUAAAAUUGAAACACAUCUCAUCGUCCUCGUCCGACGCAUCGUCUGAAAUUGCAAUCUCCAUGCCACCUACGGACCCCUUCGUCUCCGCCUCGAUCCCACUCACGGUUAAAGCAGACCUCGCCACGCAAAAGGACAGCACCGUAUUUGAGCAUAAAUUGAUCGUAAAAUGUCCAUGGACCGGCGACGAGAAGAAGCUCUCCCUCACUUUCAUCCCCCCAUUUAUCUCGUCGUACAAACUGCAUUCUGUCGGGCAGCGGAAAUUCGUGCAAGUCCUUCUUCUCGGGAAUUCGGACAACUCUUUAAAAGUCUCGGAACACCAGUUGACCGUGCAAUCACCUAAUUCCCAAGAUAUUCCGUUAGUCGCGUUGAAUCCGAGGUCACAAUCGCUGAUUUUGGAUAUUGGCAAGAGCGCUGCAUACAUGUGGGAGAUUGGAGUUUUGGAGUUGGAAGAUCAACUUCCAUUCCGGCUCGAAUUUUCAGUUAAAUUUAAAGCUGACCGGAGGGAGGCGGAAAUUUACAAGUAUUACAUUUGCUUGCAGAAAUUCAAGACUCUGUAUGAACUAAAAUCGAAAGUAGAGCCGCACAAGGGGACAGAAUUCUGUAGAGUGGGAAAUAUGUGCUCAAUGUUGAUCGAAAUCUCAAAGUUUGGGAAGAAGCAAGUUGACGACGGAAAUUCUCAGCAACCACAAAACUCAUUGAUGUACGAGGUCCGAGCGAGUCAGCACAUGUGGGCUAUUUGUGGAAGAAGUUCAGGCAUCGUAUCACUCGACGACGAAAAUGACGACGCCACCUUGCAACAAGUCAAUCUCGACGUGAUGCCGAUGACUCCGGGGUAUCUUCCCUUGCCAACGGUUCACUUGUCGAACUAUAUUCCAGCGGAUCAGAAAAGUGGUUCUUCCGUAUCUAACGUCCCUAAACUCGAACCUUUUAACAUCGGUCAAGUCUACAAUCGAAGCAAAGGGUCGCAAGUCCACAUCCUCCCCCCACCGCAGGCUAUGGGAAGUAACACUGGUCUGAGUGGAGGUUGCGGCAGCAGCAUCGGUGCAGGAUCAUCGCUGACCGCGAUUGACUCGCAUUUUUAAUCGAGAUUAAAAAAAUCCAGCUUUAAUCAUUUUAAAUUAUUCCUCCAAAAUAUUACAUUCCUUAAUUAAUCAAGUUCAGUUAAACUUCUACCCAGUGACAUAUCGAUUUCGAUUUAAGCACAAGUUUCGUAUCCUCAAUGUUCAACUCAAUUUAGUCAAAAGUUUACUAAAUGCCAUACUUGUUAAAAUGUAAAAGGGUAGCAUUUGAAAAAUGUGAAUUUGUUUUCUUUUUCCCAGGAAUUUAUGUGAGCUUUGUCAUAUCACGGAAUAUUAUAUGUCAUAGUUGGCAGUUAUUUUUUUUAUAGAUAAGUUGAACUCACGCCAGACUCGAAUGAAUAAUAAUGAUAAAUAGCCAUCCAAACCAAACCAAACCAAAACUCCAAUCCGAUUCAAGGACAAGAAUGGAAUGGAAAUGGUGUGUGCAAUAUUAUGAAAAUAUUUAUGUAGUGAUAAUUAGCAUUGUUCUGCUUAUGGAAUCCGUGCUAAAAACUGCACAAGAGAAAUUGUUAUUAUGAUUAUUAGGAAGUGGCAAAUUCACAGCAAUCAUCACAAACAUAUGAAUAUGAAGGGCGGAUGUGAUUAAGUGAUGACGAGAUGACAUGACAUGAAUUAUUAUAAGUACAGUUAGCUAAAUGAUCAUGUAUUUGACAAUGAUACGAGAUUAUUACGAACUCUGGAACUAAAUAUGUAUUACAUACACUUAAUUAAUUAGUAUAUCUAUUGCUGGACUGGAUGGAUAUUGUUAGUUGAUGAUCAAUGCAACUACUAAAAACCAAGCCACACUAGUGAAAAAAGUAAUUGUUGUUAACUCCUCGUAGUAGUAAAAGUUGUAGAAAUUGUUAACGGAGGAAUGUAUCUCUCUCGGAGUUGCUUAUAUAUUAUUGAGUGGACAAACUGUAGGCAAAUCGUUGUCGUCUUUGUGGCCUUGUUGUUAAAUACAUUUUUAAAAGGAGGAAAUGCAAUGAGAUGUGGAAAUCUCGAGGGAGAAAUGGAUGAUUUUGUUUUAAUUAUGGAAUUAAUUUUGGUACGGGACUCGCUUUUGUGUAAUGGGGAAUUUAUUUAAAUGUUAAGAGAAGCUCAAUAUAAUUGUUGUAGUUAAUUGAGAGGCUUAAUUAUUAUAGUUUAUUAUAUAUUAUUUAGUUCGCUUUUUAAGGGGAGUCACGACUUGCAUGCAUCACAUAUUAAUUAAGAUUUAUCAAUUUCGAAUUUUUGUAAGUUUCCGAAAGUUUCCAAAGAUUACGAAUGUAGUUCGGGCUAUGAAUAUUGUUACACCGAUCAAGAACAUCACUUUACUUGCAAUUUAAUUUUACAGAACUUGCACAGUUUACUGAAUUGCAAAAAUUAAGAGAGUGUAUGGUAUUGCAUCAUACAUAUUAUUUAUUCCGGAAAUUAUGUUUUAAGUUAUAAAUUUACAUAUUAUGUGUUGUAUCAUCACGUUAAAAGGAGCUGAAAAAAUAAUGAGAAAUACAUAUGCAUUUCGAUGUUGAAGACUA